GGACCAGCGCCGCGCUGGGUGUGUGCGGGAGCGCAGCGGGGGCAGCGGGCGCCAUGGCGGGGGCGUCUCGGGUUCUCCGCCGUCCUUAUUAGAGCCGCCGCCCAGCCCAGCUGGAGCCAUGGACAAAGCGGACAAGAAUGUCAAGCUGUCAGCUGAAGUAGAACCAUUUAUUCCUCAGAAGAAGGGUCCAGAAACACUAAUGAUCCCAAUGGCGCUUCCUAACGACAGCGGAGGAAUUAAUGGCAUGGAACCAACUCCUAUCCCUAGCUACCUGAUCACGUGCUAUCCAUUUGUACAGGAAAACCAACCCAAUAGACAGUUUCCGUUAUACAACAAUGACAUCAGAUGGCAGCAACCCAACCCAAAUCCUGCAGGACCAUACCUUGCUUAUCCUAUAAUAUCUGCGCAACCUCCUGUUUCUACAGAAUAUACAUAUUAUCAGCUGAUGCCAGCACCAUGUGCUCAGGUCAUGGGUUUCUAUCAUCCUUUCCCUACCCCUUAUUCUGCACCCUUUCAAACAGCAAAUACUGUAAAUACAGUUACUACAGAAUGCACUGAGCGUCCCAACCCAUCGGGCCAGGUCUUUCCGUUAUCCAGUCAGCGGAGCAGAAGCAGCAACAGGGGACCAGUCAUACAAAAACAACAGCAGUUACAGAUGCACAUAAAAAGUAAACGUCCUCCAGUGAAAAAUGUUGCCACUCAAAAGGAGACCAGUUCUUCAGGUCCUGAGAACAGAUCAAAGAUUGUUUUGCUGGUUGAUGCCUCACAGCAAACAGAUUUCCCUUCAGAUAUAGCCAAUAAAUCACUUUCUGAGAGUGCUUCUACAAUGCUUUGGAAAUCAAAAGGCAGGCGCAGAAGAACUUCUCACCCUGCCGCAGAGUCCUCUAGUGAACAGGGUGCAAGUGAAGCGGACAUUGACAGUGACAGUGGCUAUUGUAGUCCUAAGCAUGGCAAUAACCAGGCUGCAGCCAUGACUUCAAGAAAUACAGAUUCUUGUGCAAUGAAUGUUGUAGAGCCAUCAGUAAGUACAACUGGUAUAAGUUGGACUAAUGUAAAUUCCCAGGCAACUCAAAAAAAACCUUGGAUUGAAAAAACUCAGACGUUUUCUAGAGGUGGAAGACAAGCUGAGCAAAGGAACAGUGCACAGUCUGGAUUCAGAUGCAGAGACCACAGCACAUCUUCAGAAAGAAGGCAGAAUUUGCAGAAACGACAUGAAAAACCUUUAACUGCAAGCCAGUCAAGCAGAACAGAGCAGAGUCCUGAACCUCUGUACUUUGAGGAUGAAGAUGAAUUUCCAGAGCUGAAUAGUGACAAUGGCAGCAGUAAAAGUGGUAACAUCCAGCAAAAGAUUUCACCCAAAGUAUUGGAUGAUUUGCCAGAGAAUUCUCCAAUCAAUAUAGUCCAAACUCCAAUUCCCAUCACAACCUCUGUACCAAAGCGUGCAAAAAGUCAGAAGAAGAAGGCCUUGGCAGCAGCACUUGCAACAGCUCAAGAGUAUUCAGAGAUAAGCAUGGAGCAGAAAAAACUUCAAGAAGCUCUAUCAAAAGCAGCUGGAAAGAAGAGCAAGACCCCUGUUCAGUUAGAUCUGGGGGACAUGUUAGCAGCUCUUGAAAAGCAGCAGCAAGCAAUGAAAGCUCGUCAGAUCACCAACACCAGGCCUCUCUCAUACACAGUUGGCAGUGCUGCUCCCUUUCAUACCAAAGAAUCCACCAACAGAAAGUCCUUAACAAAAGGACAGCCAUCAAUGGGUUGCCUUAAUCCUUUGGAUUCAACUGCUCCAAAAGUGAAAAGAGGAAAAGAAAGGGAAAUUGCAAAACUGAAACGCCCUACAGCACUUAAAAAGAUCAUUUUGAAAGAGAGAGAAGAGAAGAAAGGCCGUUUGUCAUCUGACCACAGCCUGUUGGGAUCUGAUGAGCCAAAAGAGGUUCAUAUAAAUGUGACUGCUGAUCAGUCGCAGGACCUGGCCUCUCAAGAAGAAACUGGACUAAGCAUGACUAGUGAUACUUCGCUUUCACCAGCAAGUCAGAAUUCUCCAUACUGCAUGACCCCAGUGUCACAAGGUUCACCUGCUAGUUCUGGAAUAGGCAGUCCAAUGGCAUCUUCUGCAAUAACUAAAAUUCACAGCAAGAGAUUCAGAGAAUACUGUAACCAAGUGCUAAGUAAGGAAAUAGAUGAGUGUGUGACUCUCCUGUUGCAAGAGCUUGUCAGCUUCCAGGAACGUAUUUAUCAAAAGGAUCCCAUGAGAGCUAAAGCAAGAAGAAGACUUGUUAUGGGGUUGCGUGAGGUUACUAAGCAUAUGAAGCUAAAUAAGAUUAAGUGUGUAAUCAUAUCUCCCAACUGCGAGAAAAUCCAGUCAAAAGGUGGACUGGAUGAGGCUCUAUAUAACGUAAUAGCCAUGGCACGGGAACAAGAAAUUCCUUUUGUCUUUGCUCUUGGCCGUAAAGCUCUUGGGCGUUGUGUGAACAAGCUGGUUCCUGUUAGUGUAGUGGGUAUCUUCAACUACUCUGGUGCUGAGGACCUGUUUAAUAAGCUGGUAUCACUGACUGAAGAGGCCAGAAAAGCAUACAGAGAUAUGGUUGCUGCAAUGGAACAGGAGCAGGCAGAAGAAGCCUUGAAGAAUGUCAAGAAGGCACCUCAUCAUAUGGGCCAUUCUCGUAACCCUUCUGCAGCAAGUGCUAUCUCAUUCUGUAGUGUUAUUUCUGAACCCAUAUCUGAAGUGAAUGAGAAAGAAUAUGAAACAAACUGGAGAAAUAUGGUGGAAACAUCUGAUGGGUUAGAAACCUCUGAAAAUGAGAGAGAAUCCUCCUGCAAGACUGCGGCAGCAGAAAAAGCUGGUAACGGUCAAAGUGAAAAAGCCACUAUUAAUAAACAACCACCUUUGGCUACAACUGGCACUACCUCAGCAACAAAUCAUGGAAAAGCCACACCAGGUGACAAAGAUGAGGUGAAACCAGAUGACAAUCUGGAAUGGGCCUCACAGCAGAGUACAGAAACAGGAUCACUGGAUGGCAGCUGCCGAGAUCUUUUGAAUUCUUCCAUGACCAGUACCACCAGUACUCUUGUACCAGGAAUGCUAGAAGAGGAGGAAGAGGAGGAGGAGGAAGAUGAUGAGGAUUAUGCCCAUGAACCAAUCUCUGCAGAGGUUCAGCUUAACAGCAGAAUUGAAUCUUGGGUUUCAGAGACCCAGAGAACUAUGGAGACUCUUCAGCUUGGGAAGACCCUUAGCGGUGCUGAAGACAACACAGAACAAAGUGAAGAGGAAGAAUUAGAGACUUCUGAGCAGGCUGAUCCAGUCACUGAUGGUGAGGAAUGGACAAAUGAUAAGCACGCAAGUACCACUCAACACAAACCCACAAUUUGCAGCUCUUUGAGUAAAGAACACACAGAUUCCAUCUAUAUGCCGUAAAAAAAUAAGCAGGAACUCAGGAACUUUUUAGAAAUAAUAUUAAAACUAACUGUUGUAAAGGUUGCAGCCAUUAUUUCGUACGCUUCAUCUCAACAUUUUGCACUGUUAAACAUUUAAUAUGUGUAUUUAAUUCACAACAAUAUUUUUGUAGUUGUCUGUUACUUGAUUUAAGAACUAACUUAGCUUUUAAUCAGUCUCUUUUUCCCAGAAUAGAAACUGUGGAUAAUUUGUCAUUAAGUAUUCAUGUGAUCUUUUGUAAAAGGAAACAUCUUGUAACUGAUCAGUUUUAAGCAACAUUCAUUAAGAUGUGACCAUUUAGCUCAUUUUCACACAGAUAACCUAUGUUAAGACUGACAAAUGACCAACCCUUUACAUUGGUGUUAUGCUGUUAUGCCAGGCACAUCAGUGUAUUUGGCUGUGAUUUUUCUGAUUCCAUCUAGAAGUAAAAUUUUAGUUUUCUUCAAAGAAAAGCUGUAAAACCCCAUUUGCAGUCUUAAUGCAAAGUAAAUAGUAGAGAAAUCUAUGCAUGAUUCUUAUGCCAAGAUGUAGCUUUUUAAGUUGGUCUCGAUGAAUGCAUCAUUAAAGAGCUGGUGAUAGUUGAGAUGGUUACAAUAAGCUACAACAACUUUGAUUCCAGAAAAGCUUUAAACCAGAGGGAUAUAAUUAAUAUUUUGGGUUGUGGGUUUUGUGUGGUGGUUUUGUUUUGUUUUUUUCAAGGUGAAAAUAUGGCAUUAAAAAACAGCAAAGAAAACAAAAAUUCUUCAUUUCUCUCCACAGUUGCUGUCUGCCAAACCACACAAAGUGAAUCACUAACCAUAAUGUCUAUCCAGGGCUCUUAGUAAACUGAUGACUUCCUCUUUCUCCUGUCACUUACCUCAGGAAUGCUGUUUUGCAUAUUGUAACCUACAGAACAUUGCAAAAAGCAAGAAUAAUCCUUUAGCAGCAGGUGUGAACAAUGUGGUGGCUCAGUGUAUCUACACAUUCAUCUGCACGCUCUGAUCUUGGCCACCCCUGUGUUGAGUUCAGGGUGUAUCUUAACAAUUCUUACUCAAAAUUUGACCUCUCUUUGUUCUUGCAGUUGUAGCAGCUUUGGGAGUUGAUCUCUAGAGUAGAAAAGGAAGUCGUUUUCCAGGAAAGGAGGAAGUGCCCUGUAGUAUGGGGAGGUAUUUCAGUGGUUCUGAGGUGAAAGAAGAAAAAUAUGCCCUCUCUGAAGCAUACAUGUUGCUGGAGAAUUGUUCCAUGUGUUCUGGAUAUUUAAGCAAAAUCCAUUAACUAAUAAUGAAUUCAUUUUAGGUUGAAGAUGGAGUAUGUGUCUAAACACUGCAUGUAAGGAGUAUAUUUUCCACUUUUGUCUUAUAUUGGCAAGGGAAGUACUGAAACUGCCAGCAGCAGGAGCUUCACUACAGGAGUAGCCAAAGAGUAACUCACAUGAGUAACACUUUCAUAGUAAAUGUAUGUUUCUUUUAAUUUCACUUCCUUUUUCUUGAUCACUUGUAUCAAAAUGCAUAAAAAUCCUCUGGGUAGGCUGAAAAAAAACCAGCCCACAAGAAAUGGAUAGCUUAGUUAGGUAUUUAAUCCACGCAUAUUAAUAUGGGACCAAUGCUUAUAGUAUUAGUGAUGCUGGCAUUUUAAGUUGCACUGGGAAAAUAAGACUCCAGGUUUAGAAAUCAUCUACCCCUGGGUUUUUUGGAUGCUAAUGAAUAUAAUAGAAACUGUGUGUAUUAUGUAAAUAAUGCUUUGAUAGGCAUAGCAAAUGCUAUGUAGAUAAGCAGUAUAGAGAGCUGCUAGGACAAAUGGCUGUUCUGUCACGUUCUUAGUUCCUUAAUGUAAUCUUCCUAGAUGUUACAACAGGCAUUUUAUAGGAAAACAAAGACUAAGGAAUGAUGCCUCCUGAAUGUUAAACCUUUUACUGUAUGUAAAAUGGCAGAUUUCUACCAUCUGUAUGUUUUGAAUGAGUUUUUGCUUUAGGAAAUGAUAAGUGUUUGAACUGCUGACAAGCAAAACUUGCCCUUGGAUGUGUAAGCACGUCUCGACACCAGCCGAGAUCCAUGUAUGCACUGAGGGCAAAACUUCACCAGAACAUCAGAAAAACAAAGGUGUUUGUAAUUUUUCCUUCUGCUUUUUCAGUGCCAGUGAUUCAAAUAACUUUUGAUCUUGAAGUACGAACAUCAAAGGCGCAUCUUUUUAUAUGUCUUUUCUGAACUUGGACUGUCAUUUUAAAAUUUUCUGACGUUUGUAUCAAAGAAGUCUUGUAAUAUUCAGCCCACUAUUUAACUGCAGUUUUGCUACAGGUUUAAUAGAGUUCUUGAAGGUGAUACAGCACUUCUAAUAUCUCUCAAUUUGCCAGCAAAUAAGGAACUAAUCUCUUUUUCAAAUGUGGCAGAUCACCCUUAGAGGAGCAAACUGAAACUGAGUACAGGAAACUGGUUUUAGUGCUUCCUUUUGAUAAGCUGGGAAUGAGCAAUAACUCUGAGAAAGAAAUUGCAAUUCCUGUGGGAGUGAUCCAUUUGCAUCUAAAAUUAGGAAAGUUCCUUGCCACUUGAAGCACUUGAAGAGAGUAUCUCACUGUGGUAAUUUUGAUUCUGUUAUCACCAGAAUUUAGAAAGAAAGUCUACAAAUGUUUUACAAUACCAUGAUUAUUUUUUUUUUACAAGUAGCUGAAUUUCUAUUUCAGUAUCAAGGUGUGCAGUGUACUAUACAGGUUGUUACUGUCCCCAGGAAGAGGUGUUUCUGUAGUUACAGGUGUAUAGAUAUUUUUGUUGUGAAAAUGAUUUUGGAAAACAAAUCUACUUAAGACAUUCUUUGUAGAAAUUAUUUCACCACUUAAUUUAUCUGGUAAAAUCCAAACUAAUGUAUCUGUGGUAGGGGUAGGGAUCUUUAAAUCUGGUAGAGGUGUCUAUGUAUACAGCCUAUUUAUAUGAAUACUUUCAGUAUCUCUGUCAAAGUAAGUGGAUUACAAAUAUAUAAAAGGGAAAAAUCUGAAGAACUUUGUCCUUAGAUGGACCAAGUAACAAUGUCUGAGUAUGGUUAGGGACCUGAUCCUGCGAGCACGUGCUUAAGAGCAUUAGUUCCACUGGCUUAAAUCGAUGGCCUGUUUAUCUGCUUAAGUUGUGCGCAGGUAGUUGUAAGACUGGAGCUAAACAAUGACAGGGGGUAUUGACCUGUGUUUUAAAAACUUAUUAUAGAAAAUGUUCAGUAAUGCACUUGUUGGUGUUCUUCUGGUAAAGAUAAGAGGUGUCUUUAUGCUUAUUUGGGUGGGUGGGAGCUUACACAAUGUGAUUCUGUCCGGUUCUUUAACACAAGCUUCAAUUUUAAUAAUGUUACUUUAAAUACACAUGUAAAAAGUAUUAUUGUUUGAAAAGCUGCUGUUUGCUGAACUGUCAUUAAGUAUUUCCUGUGAAGUUGUGCCAACUAAUGAAAGUUUACCGAGUUGAUGUCAACGUUAGCUAUUUAAAAAUUGGACAUGACAAUUUGUUAAUGAAACAAAAACCAGCAGAAGUAAGCCAUAGAAACAUGUAACGUGGGUCUGCUACCCGCCCUGCCACACGUAAGGAAAUACAAGAAUGUCAAACCCAAAACUUCCUCACCAAUGAAUGAUAAAGCCGAAAGUAGAAACCCAGUUGGCACAGCCCACCUUCUAAAUGUUGAUAAAUAGUUCAUAUAUUUUACUUUUAAAUAGAUUCAACUAAGGAAAGCUGUUUAAUCUUUAAUGUCUUAAAAUUUAUAGUAAUAUUUAGGUUAAAGCAGUAGAAAAAUCAUUACGAAAUACAAUAUGAAGGGUUUUGUUCCAUUUCUUUUUUGCUGUAUGAAGGAUAAUUGUUCUGUCUACCGUACUUUUUGGAGUAAUAACAGCUUUUUUGCACUAUGUAAAUACUAGUGGGGAAUUCUUCCAUAACUAAUAAAAAUGAUUGUAGAAAUUUA